AUGGAAACACCAAUUAUAAUUCCCGAAACUAUGUCUCGCGUAUCAUGCGUUGACGCAAGUUACAGACUAAUCGACGAAAUAAAAUAUAUCACUAUAAACCUUAGAAAUAAAAAAAUUUUUGACCCAAUUAUUCACCCUUCAUCAGAGACUGUUCGAGCCUUGCAAUAUGCAAAGCAUGAAGUUGAAUCAUAUUAUCAACAAUAUGAGGAUGCCUUUAAUAAAUAUAAAGUUUCGUUAGAAAAUAUAAAAGAAUUUGCGAAAGAAAUAGUAAAUAUAGAAAAGAGUAAUUAUUUCUUUUAUCCGUAUAGGCGCGUGAAAGAAAAAUAUGAAAAAUUGUUAAAGGAACAUGAGAACUGUGAAAAAAUAUUACAUCCAAUUUUAAUUAAAAUCAUAAUGAACAAACAAGAACGUCAACAGGAAAAUAUUAUGAAUUUUCAUAAGAUUUUAAAAGCCAUUCCGGAUGAUAUUAAAAGUGAAAAGAUUAUCCAAAUAGAAAAGAUAGUUCAAAACUUAAUAGAAAGAUCAGUUUCAGAUAUCAAUGUCCCACGUAUUGAUUCAAUAUUAUUAUUUGAUCCUCCUCGUGAUGACGAUUUGAAAAUGAAUCUUGAAAAUGAACCUAAUAUGAGGUCAGAAUGGGAUCUAGAUGAUUGUAUACAAAUGAAACAUAUUGUAAAGAAGAUUUAUAAACGUGGUGUUGAAGUAGCAUGUGAACCAGUUACCUUUUUUGAACAAAACUUGUCAAUUUUAAGUGAAUUAAAGAGAUUCCGCGAGUGCCGAAAUAUUCUUAAAUUUUAUGGACUUUCAAAUAUUAAUGGUGAUGAAAUGUUGAUAUUUGAAUGGGCAGGCUUGGGUAAUUUAAAGAAUGUCUACGAAAAGAAAAAAAUUCGUUGGGAUUUAAAAGCGAAAAUUGCACAUGACAUUUGUCAGGGCUUAUUAUUUUUGAGGCACGUGGAUAUUUUUCAUCGUGACAUUCGAUGUGAGAAUAUAAUG